AUGGCGGACUCGGGCACGCCCCACGCAUUCAAAGUCAUUAUAAUCGGAUGCGGUCCUAUAGGGUUAGCCACGGCUCAUGCACUUCACGCCGCCGGGAUCGAAUUCGUGCUUCUCGAGCGCAGAGAAAAGAUUGUCGAGGAUUCGGGUGCAAGCAUUAUUGUCUGGCCACAUACUUUGCGGGUUCUACACCAGCUUGGCAUCCUGGAGCAGGCGUUGGAGAUAGGGGAUGAGCUUAUCCAUCACUUGACAUUCAACGCGGAGGGGCACGCUUUCAGCGCUGGCAGGAGAUGGGAGCGAGUUCGCCUAAAUCAUGGCCACUGGGCUCUCGCCUUUCAUCGAUCAGAACUACUUGAAUUAAUGUAUAACGCUCUUCCUCUCCAGGUCCGGCAAAACAUCCAUACAGGCAAAGACUUGGCUGGUAUCGAGAUGAAUGAAGGAGGGGUCAAUGUGACCUGCUCUGAUGGUAGCACAUAUCAUGGCUCCAUGGUCAUCGGAGCAGAUGGAGCCCACAGCAAAACACGAAGGCUAAUGCGCAGUCUGGCAUUGACGUCUGAUCCCAGUCGAUGUUGGGACCCUGAGCAUCCGUUCGUCGCGAGCUAUCGACUUCUUUUUGGCUCUUUCCCGACAGCUUCAGAGCCUGGACAGGGCUACGAUACUCAUUCACAAGAUAAAUCUAUUGCAUACUUCAGCGGCAAGCGGCGUGGAUGGGCGUUCAUGUAUGAUAAGCUUCCGAAGCCUACCUGCGAACGAACGGAAUACACCAGCGACGAUACCGAAUCCCUCGCCCAGGAGUUCGCGGGUUACCAUCUCACCGAAACUUUGCGAGUCAAAGAUGUCUGGCCGACUAUGCAAGUGAAAGGCAUUACCGAUCUCCAUGAAGGGAUAGUGCAGCACUGGAGUAUCGGCCGUAUAGUUCUGGUUGGCGAUUCUUGUCAUAAAUUCACGACACAUCUUGGCCUCGGUUGUAACGAGGGUAUUCAAGACGUAGUAGUACUGUGCAAUGGUCUUCGAAGGCUAUUGGGGAAAUCAACCAAGGGAAGCCCAGGUCUUUCUUCGCUGGAAGAAGUAUUCCAGGCGUAUGAACAGUUGCGGAAGGACCCUAUUCAGUCAUCGUUGAUCUUCGAUCUUGAAACAUCGGGCUUCGAAACACGAAUGCAUACCUGGAGCAGCUAUUCCAACUGGAUUUUGUCCAGAUACUUGACUGCUCCAAGUUUCAUGGAUAAUGUGGUGUUGGAUUUCGCCAUCUCGCCGCAAUUUCAGAAGGCUCGAGUCCUUGACUACAUCAACAAAGCUGAGCCAAUGAACGGGAAGUUUCCCUGGCUGCAUAAUAUGAGCCCUUAG